AUGGCGUCGACUCUCUCUUGCUCUGCCUCUGAUCUGGUUCCCUUACUAUCAGGAGGAGCCAACGCCACCGCCGCAAAAGCCGCCGCGGAAUUCAUCUGCGGGAGAUUCGACACGAUCUCCGGGAAAUUCACCGACGCAGCUUACGCGAUCGACAACACCUACCUCCUCUUCUCCGCUUACCUCGUCUUCUCGAUGCAGCUCGGUUUCGCGAUGCUCUGCGCCGGAUCCGUACGCGCCAAAAACACGAUGAACAUAAUGCUAACAAAUGUAAUCGACGCCGCCGCCGGAGGUCUCUUCUAUUACCUCUUCGGCUUCGCCUUCGCCUACGGAUCGCCGUCCAAUGGAUUCAUCGGAAAACAUUUCUUCGGAAUGAGCGAUUUCCCUAAACCUUCCUUCGACUAUCCUUACUUCCUCUAUCAAUGGACUUUCGCCAUCGCCGCCGCCGGAAUCACCAGCGGAUCUAUCGCCGAGAGGACUCAAUUCGUCGCUUACUUGAUCUAUUCCUCUUUCCUCACCGGUCUCGUUUACCCAAUCGUAUCUCAUUGGUUCUGGUCUUCCGAUGGUUGGGCUUCUCCAGCUAGAUCCGAUAACCUUCUGUUUCAAUCAGGUGUCAUCGAUUUCGCCGGAUCCGGCGUCGUUCACAUGGUCGGAGGUAUAGCCGGUCUUUGGGGAGCGUUAAUCGAAGGACCGAGAAUCGGCCGGUUCGACCAUGGAGGUAGACCGGUUACGCUCCGUGGUCACAGCGCAACGCUUGUCGUACUCGGUACGUUUCUCCUCUGGUUCGGUUGGUACGGGUUUAACCCCGGUUCGUUCGUCACUAUUUUCAAAUCGUACGGAGAAUCACCGGGAAGCUCCUUUUACGGUCAAUGGAGCGCCGUCGGAAGAACCGCCGUUACAACGACGUUGGCUGGUUGCACGGCGGCGUUAACGACUCUGUUUGGGAAAAGACUCAUCGAUGGGUAUUGGAAUGUAACCGAUGUAUGUAACGGUUUGCUCGGCGGGUUUGCGGCUAUAACCAGCGGUUGCUCGGUGGUUGAACCGUGGGCAGCGGUUAUCUGCGGGUUUGUAGCCGCGUGGGUUUUGAUGGGAUUUAACAAACUAGCUGAUAAGGUUAGAUUCGACGAUCCUUUAGAAGCGGCUCAGCUUCACGGUGGAUGUGGCGCGUGGGGGAUUAUUUUCACCGGAUUGUUCGCUGAUAAAACUUAUGUAUCGGAGAUAUACGGUGGAGAUCCGAAUAGACCGUACGGGCUGUUGAUGGGAGGAGGAGGGAGGUUGCUUGCGGCGCACGUUGUACAGAUUCUGGUGAUUACUGGUUGGGUGAGUUUGACGAUGGGGACGUUGUUUUUUGUGUUGCAUAAGCUGAAACUGUUGAGGAUACCGUCGGAGGAUGAGAUCGCCGGGAUGGAUCCGACGAGUCAUGGUGGGUUGGCUUAUAGGUAUACGGAAGAUGAGAUCAAGAAUGGGAUUAUGGUGAGGAUGGGUGAUGGUGAACAUGAUCAGGGACGAGUACGUGGUCUUUGA